AUUAACUUCUGCUAACCAUGUGUAUGUGACCAAUAACAUUUGAUUUGAAAUGACGUCAAUGUGAGGAACACCAUUGAGGCAGGAAGAGAAAGGAAAAGGGAAGGAACCGUCAGGUAAAGGUGUUAGCGGUAGGCAGCGCCCUGUUUAUUGUCUAUUGACUUUACGCUGCCUAUUUUGGAUAUUCCUCAAACGAAUCUGGAAAUAAAGAUAAAGAUUUUCUUCUUCGUUAAAACGGAAUCAUGAUGAAAGAAGAGCUAGAAACGACCAACCGGCCAGACAACACAGCCUUCACACAGCAGAGACUCCCUGCUUGGCAGCCCAUGCUGUCGGCUGGUAUCGUAAUCCCUGGGUUUGUGCUCAUUGGCCUGGCAUUCAUUGGCAUAGGUGUUGCCCUCUUCAUCACCUCGCAGAACAUCACAGUGUUGGAGAAAGAUUACACUGGAGUAGAGACCACCUCAGACUGCUACAAGUGCUCCAACCCCAGCGACAAGAACUGUACGUGCAAACUGGAGUUCUCCCUCUCCAAUCUGUUUGAGGGUCCUGUGUUUUUCUACUAUGGUCUGUCCAACUACUUUCAGAGCCAACGCUCAUAUGGGGCUUCAAAAGAUGAAUACCAGCUCUCAGGGGAUCUGGACUACUUUAAGACACCUAUUUCUGCAUGCUCUCCCUAUCAGUAUGAUGCCAACCAAAAUCCAAUUGUGCCCUGUGGAUCAUUAGCAAACAGCAUGUUCAAUGACACCUUUAAGCUCUAUCAGAUCGUGAACGGUACCAAGAAGCUUGUUCCCUUUGAUGGAAAAGGAAUAGCAUGGUGGACUGACUACAACAUCAAAUACAGGAACCCUUCUGUUACGCCUCUAAAGAACGCAUUCAAUGGUACUGUGAAGCCAUCCUUUUGGUCCAAGCCGGCUUAUGAGCUGGACACCUCUGACCCAUCCAACAACGGCUUUGUGAACCAGGACUUCCUGGUGUGGAUGAGAAGGGCUGCCCUGCCAGACUUCAGGAAGCUGUAUCGACGAAUCACAGAGGGUGACUACGCCAGGGGCCUACCUGCAGGGAACUACUCCCUUGAAAUCGCCUACAACUAUCCCGUGUUGAGCUUCGGUGGGAGGAAGAAGGUGGUCUUCAGCAACGUGUCCUGGAUGGGCGGAAAGAACCAGUUCCUGGGCAUCGCUUACCUGGUGGUUGGAUCUUUGUGUGUUGUCAUGUCGAUGGUUAUGCUCAUUGUGUAUGCCAAGUUCAAGUUCCCUGAGGAUGAUUAAUGUUCCGGCUCCAUUUGACCUUUUAGAGGUUAGUCAUUAUCUGGGUAAAUGUAAUAACUUUAAAUUACUUGAUUAUACUGCCAUGUCUGUCCAAUAUUGAAUCUCGUUGAGAGAAUUAUGAUUUGCUGGGAGAGUUGAUAGAAGGCUCUUUGCAUAGUUCAUUAAGGGUUUUAGUUAAGAGGUGAGUGAGGUUAAGUUGGACAUUUUAAAGUUUUAAAAGCUAUGUAAUUUGAUACUCUGGGAAAGCUGCAUUUGAAUCUUCUUGUAUAGUUUAAGACCUUUAGGAUGAAAAAGCCAUUCAUAACUUAUUUUUGUUGCGUUACGUCACAUUGGUAAGUAACUGCAGCUUUUAUCAUGGGUCAGAAAAGACCAAUCUGUUCAUACUGUUUGUUAUAGAUUUCUGAAAAGUAGAGGAUCAUUUACAAACAUGGAGUGAUUGCUAUUUUUAGACAGGACAUGUAAGCCAUAGAAUUGUAUUGCCAUUUUGUUAUUGGAUAAAAAAUUCUGAAUUGAUGUAUCUGAAAUGUUUUCCUGUAACCUUUUCUAAUGGGAAUAUAUCUCAGGGUUGUAUAUACUGCACAUAACUGAACAUCCUCUUUUUAAAAUGUUUUUAUUGCAGUAUGUUUCUUGUAAUGGAAUUUAGAAAAUUCCUUGGUGAAUUUUAAUUUGUUUUCUCUGAAAUAAUAAAUGUACAACUUGAGGAAUGAA